UACCGUCUUGUUCAACAUUAGAGCUGGGCUAGUGGCAAACAGAAAGCAGAUAAGGGAUCAAUCUUUGAUCCCAGACCUUGUGUAUGCAGAUGACACGUGACUGCUCAGCAACUCCAUGGACGACCUGGAGGAGAUGUUGCUAGACCUAGGUCUGAGCUAUAACCAAAUGGGCCUCUCCAUCAGUGUCCAAAAGACUCAAAUUAUGGGCAUUAACAAGGACUUCCAAGAAGAGUCACAGGACAGAGUGCAGAUGAGCCUGUAGAUGUUGUGGAAGAGUCUAAAUAAUUAGGAAGUUUGUCACAUCAUCUUGUGAAUUAGAUAGAAGAUCAGCACAAGAAUUCGUAAAGCGCCCAACAGCUUCAGAUCCUUUGCAAGACCCUUUGGUAUCAGCAUUCAAUCAAAUAAUGUACUAAACUAAGAAAGUUCAAGGCAGCUAUCCUACCAACUUUUGUCUACGGCAGUGAGACUUAGACCCCUCUGUCUCAGCACAUCAAGAGACUGCAUGAUUUAGCUUGCACUGUUUGCAAAUCAUCUGGGCAUAUCAGUAAGAUAGAAGCAGAGGAAUACCACUGUGGAGGCCAAGGCCAGUAUUGAGACUGUAGAAGCAAUGAUUAGGGGAAAGGGCUAAGGUGGCUAGGGCAUGUAGCCAGGAUGAAGUUUUACCGUAUUCCAAAACAAUUGCUGGAUUGCAAUUUUGAAAGGUUAGCGCCCUAUAGGUGGUCAGAAGCUGAGAUGGGUUGAUGUUGUGAUGAGAGAUUAGGGGAAGUGUGAGCUCAACCAAGAAUGAAUGCACAUUGCCCAACAUCGAAAUAAGUGGAGAUCCUCAAUGACGCUGUAGCUACUGAGGAAGCUGAGGAAAUGGAGAACAUGAAGAAGGCAAGAGGAAGGAGAAAAGAGAGAGGAUGCAAUUAACAGAUCAGUCCGACCUACAGUGCACUCGGCCUGGUUGCAGCUUUGCAGUUCAAGCACAUGUCUUGUCAACCAUCAACGACAGAAACAUGCAGCAGCAACCCAAGAAGUCCUCACUUGCUGGUAUUACCACCAAAACUUUAAGUUGCAAGGUUUAAAAAUCAUGUCAAGUUCUGCCGUCGAAAUCCCAACGGAACCAAGAGAUCACAUUAGGGCAAUGAACACCUACCUCUCAACAAGUAUAGAUGACCUGAUGAUGUCGCCUGCACCACUUACACAAGUGAAAGCAGAACAUUGAUGGUUCAACCUGCUUGUGUUAGCUGUCUGGUGCGACUGACUAACAGAGUGACUUCAAUCACAGUGAGUGAUGUAAACAAAAAAAUGUUGACUCAUCAAGUAAAGUUCCAUGCUGGGGCAAACUUUCCCGAUGUGCUGGUGACUGUAGAAACUGAAGAUGGUCUUGUAGCUGAUAUUGAUUGGCAUGAUAUGAACAUCAUUGCCUGUAGCCCAAAAGGACACAAGUUUCAAUUCCAGCUGAUAGAGACAAGAUAUCAUGUUGCCAAGUAUUCGUGUAUUGGAAGUGACACCCUAACUGAAGUCGGAUUUUACCAAGUAGUUGCUCAGCUUAAUGACCAGAGGCAGGAUCUGAGAGAACUGUAUCCAGCUAGCCACCUGCAAAUUGAAAAUGUAGGCCACAUCGCAGUACUACCAGGAAAUGUAGAUCGAUUAUUGGUUACAUUUCCAAAUGGAUUUGGAAGAGGAAGGAGACGUAUUGUGAUUAGUAGAAGUACGACACAGAAUGUCACUCUUCUUCCUUGUCAAACUUUGACUUCAGCUGUUGAUGCUUACGGCAAUGUUGUUGAUAAUUUCUCUGGGUCUUUGAGGUUUGCUCUUCUCCAAGAUGAUGUUCCGUUUACCUUGACUGCUUGCAUGUCACAUGGGGUCACACUAGAAACAAAUUUCUCAGAAAUGGUGAUAGACUGUGGACAUGCAGUCUUGACAUCUCCUGUAAAGUUAAAGCUGAGUGAGGAGGAAGUUGUGCCUGGACAGUACUUUCUCUUUGUGUACUCUACAGACUGUAACAGAGUUGUUCAUGGAAGUGUUGCUGUCACUGUCACAGGUGCAUUGUGUGUGUAUGUCUCUUGGGUUAUAAUCAGAUCAGCCGUGGAAACUGAGAGCAUUGUACGAGAGCUGCAAGAUUGUGAAGAAAAGAAACAGCAGCUUGAAGAAGAUGUAAGAUGUGCUGAGUCAAUGCUUUUUGAAGUUGAAGGUUAUGUUACAGCAAUACGAAGUAGAUUGCGAGAGCUUGCUUGUGUUGAUAUGGUUGACAGAAUCACAGCAUCAAAUGUUGAACGGUACAUACAAGAUGUAGAGUUGAAGUACAGUGAACUGGAAAAAAAAAAAUUCAGAAAACCUGAAGCUCCAAAGGACUUAUUGUGGUUGCAGCUGCCAGCUAGUUUGCAGGCUGUUGUACAUGGACAACUAGUUGACUUGGCUUUUGUUGAAGAGGAAUCAUACUCUCGACUCAUAUCAUCUCAUCUGGGAGAACGUCUUCUUUCAUCUGUCAUUUUCCCCACUAGUGAACAUGUUGAGAAGUAUGAGCAGGCACCACAUGAAAAUUUUCCCCCUGCUGCUAGUCUUGACAUUUCUAGUCAAGUCAUAAGAGAAUCAAUCAAAGAAGAUUUAAUAGAAAUAGAGGUGGGGUUAUCGUGGGAACUGGCAAUUGAGCGAGUUAGUUCACAUGAUUCUGGUGUCCAAUGUCUGAUGUGCUGUCUUUUGAAAGAUACUCUUAUCACUAAUAGUUUGGCUGACGCCAAGCAAUUGUUAAGCAUUUGUCAAAAUGGCAAUGACUUGAGAGCUGUGCCUGAUAUUCUUAGCAUAGAUGGAUAUCGAGUGACUCCAGCUGGUUUUGUGGAAAGGCUAGUUGAUGGACCUGCAGAGUCAAAAUAUGUGUUUGGUCAGGAACCAAUUAAACUGUCUCACCUAUACAAGGAACUGAAGAAAGCAGUGGAACUGUUGAAGCAAAUGGAUGAUAAACUGAAGGAAUUGGAGGUGAGAAAGAGACAACAUACAGAUAUGAUAGAGAAAACUAAGCCACUGCUAGGCAAGCUGGAAGAAGAAAUAAUCAAAUUAAGAAGUCAGAAACAUGAAGUUGAACAAUCAGCUGAACAUUAUUAGUUCCUAAUUUAGAAUGGGGAGAUUGGUACUAUUUACUAAGUACUAGGAUAGUUUUUAUUAUCUGCUAAGUACAUCUGUACAAGUCAUCAGUUAGCCAGAGGAAGCUGGUUGGGUCAUAUUUGAGUAUUGUGUGCUGGUUUUCUGACAGCUAGGUGUCACAACUUGCUCAAAUAAACCUGUGUUUCUGAUCAUUAAUCAUACCAGUACACUCCUAACUCGUGUACAUCAACAAACACAACCAAACGUUUCCAAUAUCUAUGCUGGUUUUGUCAAAAAAAGCUGUAACGUAUAUCUAGCAAGACAGGGCAUUGCAGAAGGAUUUGAUGAGGCUGUACAUACCAUAUACGGUAAGAUGAAAUGUUGGUAGGGAAUUUAUGUAGCGAAUUGGGGGUUUAAGAGUCCGCUCAAAAUCUCAAUAUUUUUGCCAGU